UGCACGUGCAUCAGGCAGCUAGUAGCAAAGUUAUAAAAUUAAACGAGAGCAUUUGUUCAGAAAUAGCUACGAUGUCUUCAAGUGAUUUGUAUGUGUAUGGUGACCAAAAUAUACAAGUUCCAGCGCAUCUACACUUUGGCAAAUAUAUGCUAGACCGUCUGAGAAAUGUACAAGACGCCGAUGCUUUGAUAAAUGCGGAAAAUGACGAACGAAUUACAUAUAAAGAGCUCACACAAUGCACCGUCAACCUGGCGAGCGAGCUGAUAAAAUUGGGAGUUGGGAGAGGAGACAUUGUCGCACUGGGCACAGAAAAGCGCAACGCAAUUGCGCCGACCGUACUGGGUAUCCUACUGACGGGGGCUGCCUAUACCGCUUAUGAUUUACAAAAUGGCAAAUCCUCAUUAAAACACAAGUUGUCAGUUGCUCGGCCAAACUAUUUUAUAUAUUCAAAACUAUUUUGGGAGCGAUACAGCGAUGUGUUAUUAACAUCUGAUACAAUUGAAACAUGGAUGACAUUCGACGAUGAAAUAAAUAAUGCUCCGUGCAUAAAAACGCUUAUGAAUUGUCCGGUUGACGUUAAACACUUUGAGCCGAUUAAAGGAGCCGAGGUAAAAGGACAGAUUGAUACAGCGUUAAUAUUAUACUCUUCGGGAACGACAGGACUCCCGAAAGGUGUGCGUUUGACGCAUUUAAAUUGUAUUUUAAACAGCAAACCAUAUAACUUGGAUUAUGAAUCGAUGCAGAGGUUCUACACAUGUGGGGAAUGGUAUCACAAUUACGAUACUUUUUCAAUGUACAAAUAUUUAAGUCUCGGAAAAACUAUUGUAUAUCUGACAAAUAUUUCACCCGAAAAUUUGUUGAAACAUAUAAAUCAAUACAAGAUUGAUAUGGCGAUGUUAUUACCUAUCUUUAUUUAUGGCUUGUGCAAAAUUUACGAUGCAGACUAUCAUUCAGAAUCUUUGAAAGUUAUUUAUAGCAGAUCAGCACCUCUCCAUUAUAGAACAAUCGAAAAUGUCAAACAAAGAUUUCCAAAAUUGAAAAAAGUUUUCCAAGGUUAUGGCAUGACCGAAUGUGGAGAGCUAACUUCAGAGAAUUGGGGCACAAAAGGGCCAAAGGCUGGCAGCGUCGGUACGGCUUCGCCGGGAAUUGUUUUAAAGGUCGCAGACCCCAAUACUGGAAGAACCCUUGGCCCAAAUGAAAGGGGUGAAAUACGCGUGAAAGGCCCUGUUCUUAUGAAAGGCUACAUCGGAAUCGAACCUUCAACGUACUUGGAUGAGGAUGGCUUCCUUAGAACUGGCGAUUUGGGAUACUACGACGAUGAUAAAUACUUUUAUAUCGUUGGUAGAAUAAAAGAAAUUCUAUGUUACGAUGGUGACCAGGUUCCACCGUUAGAAUUAGAAACAAUACUACAGUUGCACCCAGAUGUGCUUGAAGUUGGUGUUGUCGGUAAACACAGCGAGGAACAUGGCGAUAUACCUACAGCAUUUGUCGUAACAGUGCCUGGCUCUAAAGUCACUGAACAGGAAUUGAUCAAUUAUGUGGCUGGUGAGGUUCCACCAUUUAUGCAACUGGCGGGUGGCGUGAAAUUCAUCACAAAAGUGCCACGAAAUCCCCGGGGUAAAAUUCUACGCCGUGAAUUAAAGGAAAAAUUGAAUAAUUGA